AUGAAUAUGUCUCAGAAACAAGGUGAAGGUCAAACUUUGCGUGACCAACCUCAACAACGGACGAAUCAAUCUCAGCAUUUGCAUCCAUCGACACAAUAUCAACAACAUAGCUUAGGACAGUCUUUUGCACAAUCUUUGACAAACACAUUGCCCGCGAAUAAUCCUUUUUCAGGGCCAACGCAUCAGAAUAGCAAGAACAACUACGUCCCACAUCAGCUGAGUCAACUUCCAACGGUUCCCCAACCAGCCCUAAUGGCGUCGAGUUCAAUAUUAACAAUAGGGCCAUUCAAGCAUCGAAAGGACCUAACACGUGAAUCAGUUCUUUCAACUUACCAAAUAUUGGGUUACAUAGCGGCAGGUACAUACGGAAAGGUGUACAAGGCCAAGCUUCGAACCACGAAUGUAAAUGCCAAAGAUGGCGAAGAAAAAGGGAAAUUGAAUGGGAAUAAUGGAGGUAUGAAUGAGGGAAGUGAUGGUGCUACUUUUGGCGAUAAUGGUCGCAUUAAUAAGGAAAGUGUGAAUAACCAUGUUCAAGAGAGAGAGCCAAAAGAAGGGUCGGCUCCAGCUGAUGAAAAAAUGGUGGAAUUGCAGGCUCCUUCGAUACAGUAUUAUGCCAUUAAAAAGUUUAAAAGUGAUAACCAUCAAAGUUCGAAUAGUAAAAACAACACUGCCGGCAAUGCCACCAAGAACCUCAAUCGUGAAAUUGCCAACGAGGCGGCGCAAUACACUGGUAUUAGUCAAAGUGCCAUUCGUGAAAUGUCACUAUGUCGGGAAUUGAACAAUAAAAACAUAACCAAACUAGCAGAUAUAAUUUUGGAAAACAAGAGCAUCUAUAUGAUUUUUGAAUUCUGUGAACAUGAUCUACUACAGAUCAUCCAUUAUCAUUCACACCCCGAGUUGAAACCCAUACCGUUACCAACGAUAAAAUCGCUUACAUGGCAGAUCCUUAAUGGUGUUACUUUCCUACAUAAGAAUUGGAUAUUUCAUCGAGAUUUGAAGCCGGCCAAUAUUAUGGUAACGUCGAAUGGAUGUGUCAAGAUUGGUGAUUUGGGGUUGGCGCGUAAGUUCAAUAACCCUUUGCAGAGCCUUUAUACUGGAGAUAAAGUUGUGGUUACCAUAUGGUACCGAGCUCCUGAAUUGCUCUUGGGCACUAGACAUUAUACCCCAGCAAUUGAUUUAUGGGCCGUUGGAUGUAUAUUGGCGGAAUUGCUCUCAUUGCGACCAAUAUUCAAAGGAGAAGAGGCCAAGAUAGAUAUAAACAAUAAGAAACUGGUUCCAUUCCAAAGAAACCAAUUUCAAAAGAUUAUUGAAAUUAUGGGUACCCCCAAUUUGAAGAACUGGCCAAGUUUAAACAAGUAUCCUGAAUUUGUUUCAUUUACGCAACAAAUCACUCAGAAUUACUCAUCAAAUUUAUCGCAAUGGUACAAGAUGAUUGGUGGGGAUAAUAAGCAAUGCUUGGAAUUGUUGUAUGGGCUAUUGAAGUAUGACCCCGAAGUCAGGUUAACUGCUGAUCAAGCGUUGGUGCAUAAUUUCUUUUUGGAGUUGCCCAAAGUCACUGAAAAUGCAUUUGAAGGAUUGAACUUGAAGUAUCCCAACCGGAAGAUUUAUGUUGAUGAUAAUGAUAUCAGUCAGAAUGGCGGUAAUAAUGCUGGUCAUAAUUUCAAACGAAACAAUGUUGUUUUUGACGAUGGUGGGAAUAAGAGGAAACGGGUGUAG